UGCCCAUAGCAGAGGCUGAAUGAAUAGGGGAGAUGGGGAGAAAAAAGGAGACGCUGGGAUGGAAUUGCUCUGCUGUUUCCUGGCAACUCUCUUGACGCAACAACAAAAAGUCAUUACAUAAAAGAGGGAGGAAAGCAAAUUCUGGGAAGAGACAGAGAAUCCCGAGGCACAGGGAGAGAAUUCAGAUCCGGCCACUCACAAUAACCUGGAGCCUGGGAGGGACCUGCAGCAUCUUCUGAAUAGAAAACCUACAGGAGGGAGAAGAGGCUGAAGCUCCUGGAUGUGCCCCGUGUAAUGACAACCCUGAUGCCUGACUGCCCGGCACACUAGAUAUGCCAGCUCUGCAAUCAAACGGAUGAGUCAACGCAAGUCAAUGCAAGGUUAACAGGCGUCCUUUUCAUGAUAAGGGGAGGAACGAGGGGUGCAAAAUGCACUAAAGAGCUUGUACUUUAACACUUGGUGGUGCCCAGCUCCAAACCAGCAACAUGUCCUUACCAAAAAUCCAAAUUGAUGAUGUUGACAAUGAAACUGAUACCAAUUCAGUGCCUCCUCAUGAUGACCAUCUUAGAAGCCUGAAGGCUCUCACAGAAAAACUGAGAUUGGAGACUAGGAGACCUUCUUAUCUAGAAUGGAGAGCAAAGGUUGAAGACCAAACAUGGAAAAGCCCAAAGCCCCCACCAGAAGAGCCAGAGGUGAACCAGCAGCCAACAGAUGGAGAGGAACCGUCAUCUCAGAACAUGGAACAAGUCAAGCUUGAGUCAAGUGUUCCAAAGGAGACUGAUAUUGGUUCCAGGAAAAUAAAUGGGUUUGAUAAUAUCGAUGAAGCUCUGAACUGGCUACGGAAGGAACUGACAGAGAUGCGACUACAGGACCAGCAACUGGCGAGGCAACUCAUGCGACUGCGCAGCGACAUCAACAAGCUGAAGAUCGAGCAGACGUGUCACCUGCACCGGCGCAUGCUGAACGACGCAACCUUCGAACUGGAGGAGAGGGACGAGCUGUCGGACCUGCUGUGCGAUUUCCCCCUCAUUUCUCCUUUCAGCCUCUCUGCUCCCCUUAAACUUAUUGGGGUCACCAAAAUGAACAUCAACUCGAGGAGGUUCUCCCUCUGUUAGACCCUACCCAGAGGCUUCACCUGCGUCAAAGAGCACAAAAUCGCAACAAUUUCCUAAAUGGACCUUUAUUAUGAUAUAGACCGUUUUUGUUGCCUUAUUUCAUAACUAGUUAUAGAAGCGACUCAGAUGCUGGUACCAUGUUAUGUCAUAGAACUGAGCCCAAGUAGUAGUCAGGACAUGUUACACCUGUAGUAGGGACACUGCACAGACAACUUAUUAUUAGGAAGAGAGCAGGUUACAGACAUGGGCACAGCAACGGGGACCAGUAGGGCCCCCCCACCUACUAAACCUAAUGGUAUGGCUCGUGCUUUAUAAGGAACGAUUAGAGCCAUGAAUUCAGCUAUAGAAAAGCUUUCAUACCUUGUGUUGCAGGUAGAGUCUGUGAUUGGCUGAUAUGUGGCUGUUGUAAUGCUCUGAUUGGCUGCUUCCGUUCUCCUUUGCCUACUGGUUCUUUCUAGCCUUGUCCACUUCACUAUUCUGCACUGACCAAUAAAAAGCAAUGAGAAUAGGUCGAA